AUGUAUUGGUUUUAUUUUACGUUUAUUUGCUUUACAACUUCUGAUGUACUUGCUCAAACAAGUAGUUGUCCUAAAGGAUGUAUAUGUGAGAAAACUUCGGUUAAAUGCAGUUUUCAACAGCUAACAAAAGUUCCAGAGAAUAUAUCUGAUGAAACAACUUUAUUAGAUCUUCGAUUCAAUCAUAUUGAAGAGAUCCUUCCUGGUGUUUUCAAAAAUCUGAAAAAGCUUAAAACAUUGUUGUUAAACAAUAACAAAAUAUCACAUUUGGAUGACAACACAUUUGAAGGAUUAACAGAACUUGAAAAUUUACAACUUCAAAAAAAUGAAAUUUUCGAAAUUUCACCUAUGGCUUUCAAGAGUCUAAAAAAUCUGGAACAAGUACAUUUGCAGAAUAAUCAUAUUGAAAGUUUAGACAAAGAUACAUUCAAAUAUUUCCCUAAACUAACAAUGAUAUAUCUGAACAACAACGAGUUAGAGACGCUUCCAGCACAAAUAUUCUCUCUGAACAAACAAAUAAAAGUUCAGUUAAAUUCAAAUCCAUUUAUAUGUGAUUGCCAAAUAGCUUGGUUUAAGGAUUUUUUCAAUGAAAAUGAAAUCAAGUUAUUAGAAUGUGCAGAACCUCCACAACAUAAUGGAAAAUUGGUGUUUCACGUUCUUAAGACGUUAAACUGCAAAAAGCCUCGAAUAGCAUCAUCGCCACAAAACUUGAAUAUUAAUCCUGGAGAAGAUGCUUCUUUUCAAUGUUUAGCUGAUGGAGAGCCUCAACCUAGCAUUCAAUGGUUUCACAACAAAAAAGACGUUUCAUUAGAAAACCGAAGCAAACGUUUUGAAGUACUCGAAGAUGGAAGUCUUUUAAUAAACCAAGCCACAGUCAGUGACGCAGGUGCAUAUUUCUGCAGAGCCACUAAUUUAAUGGGACAAGACGAAUCUAACACAGCAUACUUAAGCUUCCACGAAGUCAAUGUGCUGGCUGCACCACAAAUAGUCAAUCCACCCGAGAACAGAACGGCAAUAAUAAAUGAAGGGGUAUCAAUGUCAUGUGGCACUGUCGGAUUUCCUCCACCAGAAAUUAGGUGGACCCACACUAAUAUUAACAACAGAGAUAGACUUGUGAAUCACGACCCACGAUUCACUGUCGACUCAUCUGGAACUUUGCAUAUGAGCAAUCUCAAAGAUAUAGAUCAUGGAUUUUACAAAUGUAUUGCCUCUAACAUUGCCGGCAACGCAACAGCUAUAGGAAGACUUAUGGUUUACAUUCCUCCAGAAUUUACGACUAAACCAACUGAUCAAAAAAUAGCUGAAGAACAUCCAGUUUUUUUUUCAUGUGAUGUUAUUUCGGAACCUCUUGCUAAAAUAUCAUGGAAAAAAAAUGGAAUUGAUUUGACAAAUACCAGAAGAAUUAAUAUAAACCCAAGUGGAACCACUUUAACAAUUUCUUCCGUAAAGAAAAGUGAUGAGGGAAAUUACGAAUGUCUUGCCUCGAACUCGGGUGGAGAAGCAUCCGCAAGCGCCAGAUUAACUGUCAUGUCGAUAUCCCGUCCACAUAUUACUAAAAAACCUCUAGACAUCAAUAACGCAAUUGGUAAUAGAGCUAAAUUUGAUUGCGUUGUAGGCGAAGUAGAACCAAAGCCAAUUAUUAAAUGGUUCAAAAACGGAGAUUUGAGACCUUUAACUUCAAGUGACAAGUAUGAAAUAACGGAAAAUUCUUCGCUGAUUAUUUUAGAAAUAGAUUUAACGGAUGAAGGAAGAUAUGAAUGCCGUGCUGAAAAUAUUGUCGGGUUUGAUAUUGCUUCUGCAAGAUUAACUAUAACUGAUGCGAGAUUCCGCUCUAUUACAAACCAACAUAUAAACGAUACAGUUACAACUGUUAACAAUGGCAUUCAAGAAGCUAUUGAAAAUACAAAAAAAGAAUUGUAUCAAAAAAAACAUCAACCUAAAAGUGGACACGAUCUUCUGAAAUACAAUCGUUAUCCUAACAAUAAAGCUUUAUCGCUUUCAAAAGCUGCAGAGGUUUUUGAAAGUACUUUAGAGCGAUUGUACAGUGAUAUUCAUAGUGGCGUUUACUACAACAUUGAUCCUUCUUUGAACAUUACAUACAAAGAGUUAUUGAAUCCUGCUCAAUUGCAAUUGGUGAGCGAUUUGUCAGGUUGUAGGACGCAUCGACGCAUUAUCGAAACAUGCGACGAUCUGUGUUUUCAUAGAAAAUAUAGAACGUUUGAUGGAACAUGUAAUAAUUUUAAAAACGCUAUGAGUGGCUCCUCGUUAACCCCUUUGUUACGACUUCUGCCACCAAAAUAUGAAAAUAAUUUCAAUUUGCCAGUUGGAUGGACUAAAAAUAAGCUUUAUAACGGGAAAAAAAUACCAAGUGCAAGAAAAAUUUCUUUGAAUCUUAUUUCGACCAACAAAGUAACAGCUGACGAUGAAUACACACAUAUGUUGAUGCAGUGGGGUCAAUUCUUAGACCAUGAUUUGGACUUUGUACCAACAGCAGUUAGCAACGCCAGAUUCAGUGAUGGUAGAUUUUGCAACGAGACAUGCAAUAGCCAGUCACCAUGUUUUCCCAUACCCGUGUCUAACGAUGAUCCUCGUGUACAAAAUAGACGUUGCAUUGGAUUCGUGCGGUCGUCAGCUAUGUGUGGAUCAGGAGUCACUUCUGCACUGUUUGAUAACAAUGCUCUUCAUCGACAACAGUUGAAUAUGCUCACUUCAUAUAUUGAUGCUUCAAACGUUUAUGGAAGUUCGGAAGAAACGGCCAUCAAUUUGAGAAACAAUACGAACGAAAAAGGUUUGCUUCGCAUUGGUACGCACAGUGCUUAUGGUUUUAAGAAAGAAUAUAUGCCAGCAAAUAGAGAUGAAUUUGUUGACUGUCAGGUUGAUUCUAAAACGGCACACGUACCAUGUUUUCUAGCGGGUGACCAUAGAUCAAAUGAACAACUUGGAUUAUUAGCUAUGCACACAAUUUGGUUCCGAGAGCAUAACAGGUUAGCCACUAAAUUGAGUAAGAUGAAUUCGCAUUGGGACAGUGACACUACGUAUCACGAAACAAGAAAAAUUGUUGGUGCUAUUAUGCAACAUAUUACCUAUAACGAUUGGCUUCCUAAAAUUUUGGGCCCAUAUGGUAUGCAAAUGAUUGGACCGUAUAAAGGGUAUAACCCAUCUGUUAAUCCCACAAUAGCAAAUGAAUUUGCAAGUGCCGCAUUUCGGUUUGGACACACAAUGAUAAAUCCUGUUUUAUCUCGCUUGAACGAAACUUUUCUUCCAAUUAUAUGGGGUAAUUUACCUCUUCAUAAAGCCUUUUUUGCUCCUUUUCGAAUAAUUGAAGAAGGUGGUAUCGACCCAAUUUUAAGAGGACUGUUUGGCGUCGCUGCAAAAAAAUUGGUGUCUGGAGAAUUUUUGAAUUCAGAGCUAACAGAAAAACUGUUUGUUAUGGCUAAUGAAGUGGCUCAAGAUCUGGCUGCAUUUAACAUUCAGAGAGGUCGGGACCAUGGUCUACAAAGCUACAAUGCCUACAGAAAGUAUUGUGGUAUGAAAGAAGCUAAAACUUUUGACGAUUUCAAAAAUGAAAUCACAGAUGAUUUAAUUCUAAAAAAACUAGAAGAAUUAUAUGAACAUCCAGAUAAUGUUGAUUUGUUUGUUGGAGGUGUAGCGGAAAAUGUUAUGGACAAUUCUAGAAUUGGUCCCACAUUCGUAUGUAUAAUUGCUGACCAAUUCAAGAGGUUAAGAGACGGGGACAGGUUUUGGUAUGAAAAUCCCGAAAUAUUUAAACCUACACAAUUAGCUGAAAUCAAAAAAACAUCACUGGCUCGAAUCUUAUGUGAUAAUUCUGAUUCUAUACAGGAAAUUCAAAAAGACGUUUUUAUUCUUGCCAAAUAUCCCGACAAUUUUAUUAAAUGUGAUUCAGAUGAGGUCCUUAAAUUAGAUUUGAAGCCAUGGUUUCAAUGUUGCGAAGGUUUCUUAACUGUUUUUAUGACUGUUUUAAAAUGGUAUUUGUAA